AUGUCUCGAUCCCAAGCCCAUGACGAACGCAACCAGGCGCUCCGGGGCGGCUUGAGCUCCCUGGAAGCUGCUAUGAGUGUUUCUGUGCCUACCAAGGAUACAGUUGCGUCUGAAAGCACGAAGCUAGGUCAGACAGUGAGGACGGAAGAUGUCCCAGACAGUGAGGGAGCAAAAGUUCAUUGGAUAGGGGACAGUUCUGCUCCAAGCGUGAUUCUAUAUUUUCACGGUAUCUGA